AUGAACACAACAAGUUCAACGACAUCAGCAUCCAUCGCCUCUGCUUCAUUGGAUCGUUUACUAGAAUCGGACUUUGGUGAUGACUUGGAAGAUAUUCAAGGAUGGAUGAGAUUAGAAAUUAUUUAUACGCUCUACAUUGAAAGGACAUUUGAAGAGGAAAUUGAACGACGAAACCGAAAUCCGAUCGAAUCAGAAAGCCACAAAUGCAAUCCCUACAGGAGCAAUGCUGUUUUUUCAAUUUCUGAUGAGUGGUUGCAAAAUAUAAAUAUUGAUGAUUUACGUCGCCAACCCGAUUUGUACAAUGUGAUUCUUCCCAUCAUCAAUAGCGGAAUCAUGCGAUCGUGCGCAAAUCCUGUAAUCAUUGCUCAAAAAUUAUUUACAGAGGGAAAAGAAGGUAUUCAUAAAUUUGUUGCCAAGGAACUGGUUCGAGAAUUUCCGGCCAUGAAAACGUUGUACAAAAAACUGAAAGAAAAACCACCUAAAAAUAGUAUUCUGUAUGAAUUACCUUUAGAUAUUGGAAAGAGUCACUUUGAUAUGGAAUCAUGGGGAUUAAUGUUUGCAUUGCUUGAUCAAGUGUUUUCGGAAGUCAUCAGUGAAAAGAGCACAUUUUUAAUUUGGCAAACAGUUGUGAAUGAUGAAAGGAUGAAGAAUCACAAACUCUUCUACAAGCUGGAAACCUUUUUGGAUUUAUUUAAGGUCAAACCAUUUUCAAAUGGCUAUCAUUCAUAUCGUCAUCCUUUUUCACAGUAUGCCAUUGAUAGUAGCUCACUGAAAAAGAGAAUGAGAGAGGAUCAAUCAUUUUCAGAAUUGUCAACUACAGGUAGUACCGUGUCUUUGGAGAGAGCUCUUUUACAUCAAACCGUUGACGGAAGCGAAAUAGUUCAUUCACUCGGAUGUACAGCAGGAAAAGUUUUUCUAUUUCUCUUGUAUUUUACGGAACCUCAUAGUGACAGUGAGAUUAAAACGGUAGCUGAAAGAUAUUUCGAUGAGUUGACCCGAUACAUGGAAGAUAUCGACAUGUUACUCUUCCUGUUCUACGCCUUACAUUAUGCAUUUGGCCUAUUCAGACAUAAUCAUAAUGCUCUUGAAUUUAUUGUAAAUAAGCUUUCUCUUGGAAUUGCUAAAAACAUUUAUGAAAUGAAGUAA